GCAGGCACGUCGAAGAAAGCUUUGUGGAACGUGUGGGCAUCUGCCGUCCAUUUCUAGACGUUGCUGAAGCCCGUUUUAAAACAAGAAGAAUGUUCGCAUUCAACGCCGAAGGAAAAUAAUCGCGCUUUUCGCUCCUCUCCCUCCUCUCCUUUUCCCCUUCGCUUUGCGCUCGUUUCGCACCAUAUCCAACCAUGUGUGAACGGAACGCGUUUUUUUCUUUCACUCUACUCGAACGCUGGCUUGUCUUGCUUUGAGGAUUAUUCCUAGCGGACUUUAUCGUAGAGAACAGAAAAAAUAUCAUGCGCACUCGUGCGGCGUUGCGGCUGUGCGGUGGAAGAAAAGGCUACGUGCUCCUUCAAAAUCUAGUCACUCCCACACCCGUUACUCAUUCAGCACGCAAUGUCAUCCUGCGCGCGACAGACACAGCCGCCUCUGCCACGACCGCCCUGCUCAUGGCAGGACUUUUUCUCCGCUCGCGUCUGCUGUGCCGCUCCACCGCGUCGCACAACUCGUCCGCCGACAAUUCUAGCGCAACAGACGCAAAGCGCAGCGCGGAGAAAAGUGAUGCAGACGAGCUCGCGGUAGGAGGGGCGUCGUCGCUGAUGCUGCAUACCAAAUCCAACUCUGGGAUCGAAUCCUCGGCGGCAAAGACGGCCAACUCUCUCCGCCACAGCAGCGGCGCUCCGUCUGUCAUCUCGGCCGAGCACGACAUCACGGCUGAGGCACGUCUUGACGAGGUCGUCGCCUACUUGGAGGAACAGCGCGUUGCCCGUCAGCAGAAGCUGUUUGAGGACAUGAUUGUGUUUGAGGGCGGUGCGGUCGCCGAUCACCCCGCCCUCGGGGAGCUUUUGAUCAUGCGCGAUUUUGUGCACUUUGCGCUGUACCACAACAAGUGGGGCUACUACCCGAAGCUGUUUCGCAAGUAUCGACAACUCAUGACUACCGGCUACUUUGACCCUAUCCCAUAUGCAUCCUUGCGCAACCAACACGACUACGAGCAUUACGCCACCAAGAUUCACGAGAGCACCCCAGGCUUUAUCACGCCUACGCAGAUCUUUCAGCCCUACUACGGCUGGGUCCUGGCCGAGUACCUCGUAACGACGCACCGCGCCAAGUUUGACCCCCGCGAGCCCCUCAUCAUCUACGAUAUCGGCGCCGGCACCGGUGCGCUGGCGCUCUCCGUGCUGAGCUACCUCGCCGAGCACUUUCCGGCUCUCUACGCCACCUGUGAGUACCACGCGGUGGAGCAAAACCCGCACCUAAUACAGGUGCUGCGCAACAAGCUCAUCCAUCACUACCACCACGUCAACAUCCACCAUCUGUCUGUACUGAAUUGGCGACAGCUGGAGAAGCGGCGCUGCGUCGUGCUCGCAAUCGAGCUCUUCUCGGGCAUGCCGCACGACUGCAUCUUGUGGGACCGCGAGGAGGCCGUGAGUGAGCACUGGUUCGGCUUCCAGCAGCACGACAACCUGUCCACCGCGCACGAGCGCUACUUCGCCUUGCAGGACCCGAUGAUCCUGCGCUACCUGCGCUACCUCAACUGGAUGCAGGAGGAAUCAUUUCACAACUUGAAGGUGCUGUGCGUGACGGGCGGCCGCGAAACGCUGGACCCGCCGCUGCGGCGCAGCAUCGAGCCCAACCCCGACGACUCCAUGUGCUCCAUCGUGACGAAAUUGGGCAUGAUUCACAGUCCGUGGCGCACCGCCUGGCUGCCGACGGCGCAGAUGGUGCUCUUGGAGGUGCUCGCCCAGUACUUCCCGCGUCACCACCUCUUUGCCGCGGAUUGGUCGCACGUUCGUCAGGCCCUGCCCGGUGUAAACGGCCCAGUGCUGCAGGUGAAGCUGCGUGUGGCAAAGGACAUCUAUCUUCGCCGACCCAUCGACGCGUUCCACGCCAAUGCAGGCAUGGUCGACAUGUGCUUCCCGACAGACUUUGACCAGCUGACCGCCGUGUACGCACGCAUCUGCGGAAAGCAGAAAGAAGUGGAGUCGAUGCGACACCCUGUUUUUUGGCAGAUCCACGGAGGCGACAAGACGGCGCUGUUCACGACGCGUAGCGGGUACAACCCACUGCUGGAGGACUUCCAGCAAUUCCACGUCUUCACUUCACAUCACUCACCGGAGCUUUAA